CCUGGUACUACUGUGCUUCCAGCGCCUGGGAGGUCCCAACUCUCACAUCACUGCUUUAAGGUCUGUCUACAGGGAAACUACGCUGGCAAUAGAAGCAGAAAUGGAUGAAUUACAGCAGGGAUGGGGGCUCUGAGUUUUAAGGAUCUCCUCCUCAUCUUUUGGAAGCUUUGGAAACCCUUGUGUUCUGUGCUGGAUACCACGUAGGCUAGACCGCUGCUUUGUGUCUUUUGCUGUUGAGGAGACAGGUCAUCACUCGCAGAUGUACCUUGCUGAAACCUAAUAUGUGACCAUGGAUCGCGAAGAGGUAAUAUCCGUGCGCACAGUGCAGGACCAGAUUGCUGUGCGGCUGCAGGAGGAUGGCUUGGCUCCGGGAGCCAGUGUCGAGGAAAGGCAGAGCCACCUGUGGCGUGAGCUAGUCCGUUCUGAGGGAGAACUGCACUCAACCACCCAGGAGCUGCAGAUACUACGCAACCAGCAGGCUAGCGAAAUGAAAGAGGUGGAGAGCUAUGUAGAGCAUAUCCGCGGGCUGCUGGAGGAGAGGGAGUGUCUGACUGCAGAGUACGAGAAGGAUAAUGAGCAGCUGCGCCUGGAGCUCCAACAGAUCAGACUCCAGCAAGAGAAUCAGAGUAAGGAGCUAGCUGAGAUGUUGGUCCAGGAGGGGCUCGGGGAGAUGGACCUGAGUAGCCCCAGUGAACAGGUUGCCUACCUGCUGGUGGAGAGAACCACACUGCUGGAGAGGCUGGAGGUCGCAGAGAGAAGACUGGACACUCAGAGCCUCACUGGCAACCUGAGGGAGGUCCACCUCCAGGAGGAGUUGAAGCAUGUCCGACACACCAUGGGGGAGGAGCUUCGGCAGCAGAGGGAAGACAUUCUUAGGGCCAAAGACAAUAUGACCAAGCAGUGUUCAUCUCAGAGUCCAUGGAAGAAGCUGUUCGGUCCGCGCAGGUCUGCUCAGAGCAAGCACAGUGGUUCCCCUAUAAACAGUGAGGAGGUGUCCAGGGAACGAGUUGAGCGCCAGCGGCUGGAGCGGGACCUGGAGGAGGCCUCCAGUAGACUGGCCAUGGCCCACCAGGACAUCCGCAGGCUCACAAAUGAGCUAGAUGCUACAAAAAACAACAACAUCCUGGGACUUGGUGGACCUGAGCUGGAGCGAACAGGCAAAGAAGUGGAGAACCUGAGGAAGGAAGUGGACAAAUUGAAGCAUUGUGAUAUGGUGGAGCUGCAGAGGGCCAAGGAGCACAACGAGAGGCUGGAUGGAGAGAUAAGAGCUCUGAGGGAGAGAGUACGAACCUUGGACUCUGAGAAGAAAAAUCUCCUAGAGUUGUUGGCAAAAAGUGACCCAGAGCAAGACACUGUAGUCAAAGAAGUGGAUCAAAAAGACAACGGCAGAAGGGGUGAGCCUCAAAACACUGUCUCGUCAGCCGAAGACAAGGAUCACAUUCAUAAACGGUGCCGUGAGGCGAUGGAGGAUGGGCUGGCGCAGUUGCGGGAGCUUCAGCGACGCCUCCAGAGGCAGCGCACAGAGCAGGAGGAGUUGGUGGAGCGGAACGAGGAGUUGGAGUCAUUGUUAGGAGAAGCCCAGAAUGCCAGCAAAGAGGAGCGGCAGCACCACGAGGGAGAGCUUGAAGGGUUGCACAGGAGGAUCAGGAGCCUUGAGGCAGAGCUGAGGAAGCAGGGCAGCCAGGACAAGCUGCAGAAGAACGGAGAUGUGGUCAAAGAGACUGAGUCCUACUUACAGCAGCUGAGGGGCAGCAGCCCGGAGAGAGUGGCUUUGUUAGAGGCUCGCCUGACCGAGGAGAAGGACUGGAGGAAACAGCUAGAGGUGGACCUCAGCACCGCCCAGGCUGCCCUCAAAAAGGACAAGGAGGCCCUACAGAUUGGUGAGAGAGAGUUGAAGAAACUGAGAAUGGAAGUCAACAGUCUUCAGACAGAAUGCCAGCAAGGGAAAACUCUCAUCAAGAGUCUCACCCAAGUCAAGGGGGAAAAGGCACUACUUGAGGAAAAGGUGGCCCAGUUGGAGCGUGCCCAGAACCGGUUGCAGUGUGAGCUGGACCAGGAGAAGGAAGGUGGAUUUGCCCAAGAGGACCUGAAAGUGAGCAGGGUGCAGGUGGGCCAGCUCCAAGAGCAGGUUGACCGAUUGACUACUGAGCUUACCAGCCUUGAGAAGGAGUACAAUACUCUGAGGGAUGAAAUAGUAGCUGAGCGGAGGCAGAGCAGCGAACUUCAGGCCCAGCUGAGCUCCACGGUCCAAGAGAAGCUCACAGCCCAGGGGGAGAGAGAGAGGCUGGGCCUGGACAUGCAGCAUCUCAGGGAGCAGCUCCAGCAGAUGCAGCAAGAGCAGCUCUCCUCCAGGCGGGACAUGCCCAGGAGCAGCCUGGAUGCUGGACCACACACAGCUCAAAUAGAGACAGGUCUUAGUUUAGCUGGAAGGACCAAGGAUGACGGCUUUGAUCAGCUGUCAUGUCUGAAGCGGGAGCUGAGUCGUCUGCAGGUCACUUUGGAGGAUGAGAGGCAGCUAGCCUCUCAGCAUGAGCUGGCCCUGCAAGCUCAAAUCAAUGAAGCCCAGGCACGAGCCAAGUCCCAGGACUCUGUGCUGAGCCAGAAGGCAGAGGAGACUAAGCAGCUGAAGCAGGAUGUGCAGAGAGCCCAGAGCCUAUUCACCUCAGCGGAGAGAGAGCUCCGCUAUGAGAGGGAGAAGAACCUGGAUCUAAAGAGACACAACACGCUGCUGGACCAGGAAAAACUCAAGCUCUGUGCAGAGUUGAAACAGACUCAGAGUAAGCUGGCCCAGAUGGAGCGGAGUGCCCAGGGUCAGGUGACCGAAUGUGAGCAGCAGCAGAACAGAAUCAGGCAGCUGGAGCUGGAGCUGGCACGCAAUGCCACGAGCCGUAGUACCAAUGCCAGUCUGCAGGAGGAGCUGCAGGCUGAAAGGACACGGCUCAUUACUGCUGACAAGAAGGUGCUGGAGCUACAGCAGCAGCUGAAGAGCACCCAGCACCAACUGCGCAUGGAGGAAGCUCGGGUCAAGGAAAGCAGCUGCCUAGAGAGGGAUAAUCUGGAUCUGUCUGACACCCUGUCGGCUCUGAGAGCCCAGCAGCAGGAAGAGCACAUCACCAGGAAGCUUUUAGAGCAGCGGGAGGAGGAGCUGCAGCAGCAGGUGCGCUCCCUGCGACUAAAAGAGGCGUCCUUGACCCGGACCAACUCUGAGCUUAGCCACCGUGCCCAGCAGUUGGAAACCCGACUGGCUGUGCAGGAGGCCGAGCACAAAAAGGCCAAAGAGGAGGAAAAGGACAGCCAGAAGGUUUGCUACAGGAUGCAGGAGGAGCUGGUGGCUUGUCAACAGGAGUGUGAAAGACUUCAAGGGGAGCUGCAGCAGGUGCUUCUUCAGCUGGACACACAGAUAAGGAAAUACAAUGAAAAGCAGUCACAGCACAAGACCAAGCUGCGUCAGGCUAAGCAGAUCUUCCUGAAGGCCACAGCCCAGAGAGACCGGACUAUCCAGAAACUGGAGAAUGACCUGUCUCUGGCCUCCAGCCUCUCACACAAGGAGAAGGAGUGGAUCCAUACAGUGAUGGAGGAGAAUGAGAAGCUGUUGGUGGAGAAGAGGGAGUUGCUGAGGAAGAUGAGCGAGGCAGAGGAAAUGGGUAGUAAAGGCAUGAGGACUGCCUCCACUGUUCAGCUCAGGGUCAAUGUCUUGGAGAUGGAGAACAGACAGCUACAAGAAAGAACCCUCAAGCUCUCCAAUCAAGUCAGUUCCCUAGAAUGCACCCUGAAGAACAUCCAGUCAUUCUACAGCUUAGAGGAUGUCAAGAAAAUACUUCCUGCUGAAAGUGGCCCUGACAGUGUCCUACAUUCAUCUGGUCUAAGCCUGACGCCUGGGACAUGUGACCCACUGGGCAUCCUUGACGCCAUCUGCAGGGUGAAGGUGGGUGGGCACGUGGCAGAAAGUAGCUGGGCCUCACUUUCCAACCCCCCAUACCAGCCCUCAGAGCUGGGGUACCUGAAUCUUACCUCCCCCAUGGUUUCUGCAGACAUCAAAGGCACAGAGGAGAACCAUAGUUCAGGGAGUGAGAGGAAAUUAUGCGAGGGAUUUGAAAGAAAAUAGGAUUUGGUACCAGCGUCCACUACUUAAUUUGUAAAUGUCUUUAAAAUCCAUUGUUGCUUUCUGUGUGAAAGAGACACAACUCAGACAUGAGAAUUUUAACCGAUGCGAUUGUGAAGUUGCCCUUUUAAAAGAAAAAAAAGCUUUCAUAUCAAAAGGGAAUUUCACUGCAGUUUUGCUCAGGGUGUAGGGCUGAAUGAUAUUGAAAAAAAAUCAACAUUGCGAAAAAAAAAUUUUGUAAUACUAAGGAAUAAAUAAUUUCACCAGGUAUAUUAAGCUUGUAACUUUCAGAGCUCAAAAUGUAUCACACUAACAAUGAUUUGGGUGAAAUAAGGCAGUUGUCAAGAAAGUAUUUAAAUCAGACUAAAUUCUGUUAAUUGUCAGAUGUGCUAGAAUAUUCUCUUCAGCAGUAGCCAUAAAAGCAGACCUUGCAAGAUUUCAGUUUUUGUACAGAAUUAAGAGUUUUAGCAUAGCAUGACUGAUCAGCUCAAUUUGAAUUACGUUGCAUCCUUUGCAAUGUGAGAAAUGCACAUGUGUAAAUUGUGAUGUUGAUUCUGGAACAGAAUAUUGUCCAGCCCUAUGAAGGUGUCAUCCAUUUUAAUUUAUACAGUGUAGAUGAGAGUGGAAAACAUACCUGUCCCUUGUUUGGCUUGUGUCUAUCGCCUUCUGUUCCAGGUUUACAUUUUAGGGAAGUAUUGGAGUUGAUAUUUAGGAGAUUUGCAAUAAGCCUGUCUUUUAAAUGUAUGCCAUAUGCUCAUCUGAAACUUCUUGGAUGGGUUGGAAGCUUGUUGAACGAGUAUUGAAUGGAAAAAAGUACAAGAUGUGGCAAAGCCUUUUGUGAAUGCACAAAUAUGUCUUCUUGCUGGGCCAGAUUUCACAGUUUUACACCAAGGCAAAUCAGGAAACUGAGCCUUAAACUAGGCUUCAGCUGGCUUCAUGGGCAACAUAAUGUGCAUCUUUUUUCCAUUACAUAAUAUAAGCUAGAGACACAAACAUCACACUGGUAUAUGUUGGCUGGCUUAUAUCAGACAGACAUCAUGAGACUUAAUAAAUAAGACAAGUAUGAAAUGAGCACUUUAUAAAAAAACAGGUUAUAUUUGUGACUUUGUUGAAAAAUCAGAAAAAUGUAGCAGUGGAUGAAAAGGAUUGCAUUGGUACUUUUACCCCAAUCAAAUACGGGCAAUUGUUUUUCUGUGAAAAGAUGCCUAUGGAAUUGAAAGUUUACAGUUUUUUAUUUAAAUAUUUAGACGUACCAGCUUCUCACCGCAGCAUCUUAACAAGCGUUUCAUAUUGAUAUCGGGUGGAAUGAGGUUGUUAAGUGUGGUGGAGCCACCUUGUUUUGUAAUAUAGACUGAACAAGGCCCAACAGUAAAUAGGGUACUUUUAUUGAUGUUAACAUAACUUGCCAGCCUUAGCCAUUCCAGUAUUUUCAAAAUGCAGUGUGUAACACUGACUAAAGAUUAGUAAUUGGUUAAAAAGAUUCAAGAUCUCUUUUUGGUCUAUUUGGGGUUUCUUGACAUUGGUGGGCCCAAGUCUGGUUCCCAGACUAGACUUAUCUGCUAAGAUGGUUUCCAAGAUCCCCGCUAAACGGCUCCAUAGGCCCUUUUAUUUCAACCAUUGUUAAUGGUAUCAUUGGACUUAACAGGGGUUCAUCAGUAUUCUGCCAAUAUGAAUGGAACCACGAGUCUAGCUUUUUGUCCUUUGACUGGUGUGGCUAGAAAUAUACAGUUGCACGCCAUGGAAACCAUCAUCCAUUUUGUCUUCAAUGUGCCUGAAGUGAUGAAGUGCGUCACUUUGUCUUGCUGCUAAACCCAGAGUGAAUACCACCUAUUAAUAACAAGCCUAGUUAAUGAGCACAUAUCCAAUUGUAAUCAUGGACCAUAACCCUUGACCUUUAAUGUACCCAUGUAAAUAUUGAUUUUUUUUUUUAAAACAUAAAACUAUUUUCAUAAAUAAAGGUCACUGAAUC